AGCUUCCAGUGACACCACUGCCGACUUCAAAAGUGUCGGCGCAUUCGCGCCCAUAACACCAAUGCACUCUCUCAACCGUUGCUUCCUUUCCUCUUCUCUCCUCUACCAACUGCGGUUAGCAAGAUGUUUGGCGUAAUAAUAUCCGGCCGUCCUGUCCUCGUCGAAGCGCAAACCAUCUCUGCCACACAAUUCGCAUUCACGCUUCCCACGGCACCUCCAUUCUCCCACAUCGUUGUGUUCCUGUUGCCAGGAACCACACUCCCAGAUGGCACUGCGGCAGCGGUAUACGCGCAAUUGGCGGGAGCUACGGAAUUCAAAUUGCUUGGUGCGAUCGCAAACGAGAAACCGUCUGCAAUAUUCAAGGUUAAUAAGUCGGCUGGAGGACCCGCUGGUGGGGGACUAGGUGGUGAUGACGACGCGAUGGUGGACGAGGGUCCAUCAGCGCUGGAAAAUGGCACUGUGCUGAGCGUUACUUUGGGUAUUUCGGUCGAGCCAGCGACCCAGGUCCUUGCAAACCUCGAACAAAAGAAGGCGCAGGAGGCAGCAACUUCUGCGGUGCCACUAGCCGGGUUAGAGUUGGUGAGGAAGGGAAACACGACGGCUGAAACUAAGGUUCUCGCGCAGCGCAUCAUCAAAAACUGCUAUGAUUUUCUCGCGAGUUGGGGCACCGGGGACACGGUGCCAUUGAAGGCUUUCCAAGCUUGGUGGACCAAGUUUGAGGGCAAGAUGGAGAGAGAUCCUAAAUUUUUGGAGCGAAGUGAUAGUGGUUGAGUGGCGCAUUCGGCUAGCAUCAUCAGUGAGUGAGUUGAGCAUUUGUCUGUAUGAGUAGCAUCAGAGCAUAAAAGUAUUAUAUAUUGUGCUUUCCUCUCCAACUCUCCAAUUGAAUAGAAC